UGUGAAAAUGGAAACAAGUGUAGCUGAGGAAGCUAAACUUACAUUAUCCUUACAUUAAACUUGCCUUACAUUAUCCAUUUUGCCUGUAUACUCCUGUGAAAUAUGUUUGUGGUGUCACUUUUAAGAAGGAAAAAAAAAACCCACCUGUAUCACAUGUGCAUGUCACUGUGAUCUUUGUCACUCCUGUGUGGGUAAAUGUUACGUGUCCCCUCUGACUCAGCAUCAUGGUUUUAUUCUCUUUUUUCCUGUAGUUAUUACCGGAAGGUCUCAGAUAUGUUGAGGGGGAAACACAGAAGCAGGACAGACGUGUUUGUUUGUUUGAGCUCAUGAGAUUGAGCCUAUUCUUAGCACUGGUUUAAUAGCAGACACAACAUAGCGUCCAAGAGUUGAAUUUAAUUACCCAGUAACUAUUAGAAAGGCUAUAGUGUGUGUGUAAUACAAAGGACUGUGCUUGAAAGGGCCAUACUUUAAAAAUCAGCUUGUGUGUGUGUGUUUCUGUGUGUGCAUGGACAUGAUGUGUUUACUGUAUCAAGGAACCAGUGGGGGACUGGAUUCUGUGGGACAGGAAUAGGACGGAAACUCCCUGGGAAAUACCAUGCUGCGUGCUGUGGAUGUUGUCAAAGGUGUGUCCUGUUGCCGUGGAGACGCGUCACCUGGCAACGCGGCGGAGAAACGUGAUUGUGGAAAUGCGUGUCCCGGAACAAAAACGAGAUAUUGGAGGUACCAAUGUAAAACCCAGGACUUUUUUCAUCCUUGUGUGGACUACAAACGUUUUUUAAACCACGAAAAAUACAGAAGAGUGUUUCGGGACUGAGGAGCAACAAAAGCUGCUGAUAUUCGCCGUAUAGUCCCACUUUUUACCUAUUCAUCAACACUGUGUGUUAGGACUACAUCAUGCCAGAAAACAAAAACUGUAAACUGCUCCAGCCGUCCAGGACUUCUGACAACAAAAAGAAGAAGAAAAGAAAGAAAGCCACCGCUUCAACCACUCCACCAGAAGAUACACAGAAACCUCAGGCUUUGUCUUUGCAUCCUGAGGCCUUGCCAGUGUCCCUGCAGCCCCCCCAGAGCCCUGGUCAGCCCCAAGGCCAGCCACCCAAGCUCAGGGCUUCCAGUAAAAGGGACGGAGAGCGGAGUGGCCGGAGGAGCAAGAAACGCCCAACAAAUUCUCCAGCCCCGCUGACGGCAACAAACAAAAUCAGCGGCAGCGGAGCUCCGGCGCAGGGGUGUGUGUCGGAGCUCAGCACCCAGGUCAGGGAGAGCCUGAGGUGGGAGGGAGUGCUGGAAGACCCUCUGGCUGAGGAGAAGAGGUUGGAGCCGUACAAGGCCAACAGGCGGCAGCGUUACAUCGCACACAGAGAGGCUCUAUUAAAAGAAACCCAGGGUGCCUUGAGACAAACUUUUCCUAAAGAAAGCACAGAGAAAAAUGCCUCAACUGAAUCUGACCAACUGGAAACUGCGUCAUUAAUGCAUCUGAGCACAGGCUGAAUUAAAGAAGCAAAUGAGAGCCUUGUGCUCUUAGUCAUCCCAGGCUUUAUUUGUUCACAGCUUAAAACAGAUUUAGCCACGGUGAGGCACAGAGUGAAGAUCCUUGGGCGCUGUUAAGACACUGGAGUGAAGGCAAACAAUGUAUCCACAGUGCCACGACUGUCAGCGGACGAGGAAAGGACAAAUCCUCCUGCUGAAUAGGCCUGUUAAAAUCUUAAUAGAGGAUUUGCACAGUUUAUCUUGUGCUUCUAAAUUAUGUAACACUUCCAGAGAAGACCCAAAGUUCUUUCAAAGGACUGAAACCCAAUCAGGAUAAUACACAUCUGCGUGUCGGUGAGAUAGACUGGGGUUGAAUGGAUGGGGGGUCCUUCACCUCUACGAUGUACAAAAAUUCUCAGAAAGCCAUCCAUCAGACUGGGUGUGGAGCUGUUCAAUUAAAACUAAACUAUAACCAUAACUAUUUGUUUCUGUGCUGUCACAUUAUCUAAUAAAAUGUGUUGAAAAGCUCAAA